AACAGUAACAAACUUCAGUAGACAUAAAAGAAGAAACAUGAAUUCUUCGUUGAAAUUAGUUUCAGUUAUUUUUAUAAUUAUUAAUUUAAUUAGCGAUCAUAUUAAUGCAGAACAUGAUGAGGAUCAAUCAACCGAUCUUUAUGUCAUCGAAGGAAAAGUAUUCCCAUGGGAAAACACUGCUUCAAGUGGUUGGCAGUUAAUGACUCAUGUUAUGGCUAACGGCGGUGAACAUUAUGGAUUUUUAAGGGAAGAUGGAACAUUUGUCAUUUCUAACGUGCCAUCAGGUUCAUAUAUAGUAGAAGUUGUCAAUCCUAAUUACUUUUAUGAGCCUGUCAGAGUAGAAAUUAAUUCCAAAGGAAAAUUCAGGGCACGUAAAGUUAAUUUAAUUCAAACUUCGCAAAUCAUUCAAGUACCAUAUCCAUUAAAAAUGAGACCACUUUCUCCGUUCCGUUAUUUCCAAGUUAGGGAGCAAUGGAGAGUAACAGAUUUCUUAUUUAAUCCAAUGGUUUUGAUGAUGAUCUUACCAUUGGUCCUAGUUAUGAUUAUACCAAAAAUUAUAAAUGAUCCAGAAACUAGAAAGGAUAUGGAACAACUAAAUAAUUUAACAAUUUAUAACAUGCCUGAAAUGUCAGAAGUAAUAACGUCAUUUUUAUCUGGUGGAGAAAAACCAAAACCAAAGGCAGUGAAAGCGGCUAAGAAAAGACAAUAAUGAAAUAAGAAAAUUAGUAAUAAAUAUAUUUAUACCUUUUUUUUUUCUUUUUUUAGUCUUCAAAUUUUCAAUGUUUCAUAAAAUUGAUUUUUAAAAGAAAAGAAAAAAACAAAAACAAAAAUAACACACUUAAAUACACAUUUGUAAUCAAAGCCAGCAAUGAAUGUGGGUUACAGAGAAAAUUGUGCAUUGUUGAUAUAUUAAAAAUUUCACCAAAAAUGUAUAUUUAAUUAUAGGGUUAAAUAUUUCUACGUUAUAUUUA